AUGAUAACUAAGGGUCGAGAUGCAAAGAAGUAUUGCAUGUUUCACAGGGAUGUCGGUCAUUACACCGAAGAAUGUACUCAGUUGAAGGAAAAUAUAGAAGACCUCAUCAGAAAAGGGCACUUAUCGCAAUACCAAGCAAGGUCAAGCCGGCAGCAAACUUCACAACCCAGGAAAACCGAGUACCGAAAGCAGGGUGACUCGUCCAUGCAGGACGACACUUAUCGGCGUAAUCACGCUGGGGAAUACCGGCAGGGCAGUAACACAUCAGGCCCCAAAAUCACAAUAGAGGUUAUUAUCGGCGGUCCAGUGCAUGGGGCUCAGUCAACGGGCGAAAAAGAGUCUGUCAGAACACAGGCAUACAGUGAAUGCACUAGGGAUAGAGGAGCGACCCAGGCUAGCCUCAAUCCCUUCACCGACAUCAAGCACGUGUUAGUCGAUGGAGGAAGCUCAGCUAACAUUUUGUUCGCAGAGGCAUUUGACGCAAUGAGGAUAGGCCAGAAGUAUUUGACGCUGGUGUCAUAUCCAGCCAUUGGUUUUAAAGGGUCCACAGUCAGACCAGAGGGUAGCAUCGCUUUGUAG